UCUGUGUCCGUGUGUGACACACCCAGGGAGGGGGUUUUGUGCUUCCAGGGGAUCCAGAGGAAACGUCCCUCCGAGGUGCAGAGUGCCCUGCUGAGGCGUCACCUCCUGGAGCUCACCCAGAGCUUCAUCAUCCCCCUGGAGCACUAUAUUGCCAGCCUGAUGCCUCUGCAGAGAGCCAUCACUCCCUGGAAGAACCCUCCCCAGAUCCGUCCUUUCUGUCAGGAGGAUUUCAUGAAGACCCUGGAACACGCUGGGCCCCAGCUCACCUGUGUGCUCAAGGGGGACUGGUUGGGCCUCUACAGACGUUUCUUCAAGUCCCCGAACUUCGACGGCUGGUUCCGGCAGCGGCACCGGGAGAUGACCCACAAGCUGGAGGCCCUUCACCUGGAGGCCAUCUGUGAGGCGGACAUCGUGGCCUGGAUGAAGGACAAGUCUGAGGUGGAGAUCGUGGACCUGGUGCUCAAACUGCGGGAGAAGCUGGUGCGUGCCCGGUGCCAGCACGUGCCCGUGAGGGAGGAGACGCUGCAGCGCGUGGGGCUCUACAUCGACACCAUCAUCGGCUCCCUGCCCGAGGACCUGCAGGCCGUGCUGCACCACCCCUGAGCACAGGGGGGGCUCCUGGAGAGCCACAGGGACCCUCCCACCCCGCUCCCACCCCGCUCCCACCCGGCUCUGGGCAGCUGCAGUUGCGUUUGGAGAGGGAAUUCCUUCCCAGAUCCCGCCGGCGGGGCCCGGAUCUCCCCCGGGGGGGACUCGGAGUGUGGGUCGGAGCCUGUGCACUGCUCCCUGUCUGAUCCCGCUCCGAGGGGCUGGGCUGGGGCUGUCCACCAGGAAUUGUCCCCUGUGUGGCUGCCAGCAGGGCAGGAAGUGCCACCAGGCCUCCGGCAGCACGUGCCAGGCUGUGCCCGGCGUGCGGUGCCCGCUCAGACACACCGUCCUUGUCCAGUGCAUUCCCGUGGCCUCAUCCUGCCUGGAAGGAGCAGGAGCAGCCCUGCUUGGGGCUCAGGACAGCUCCUGAUGACGAGGAUGAGGUGAAGAAGCUGUCCCUGGCAGCCUGGCUCAGCCCAGGGCGAGCUCCAGCUGCAGGGGGAGCGGGAGGAGGAAUUCUGGACAUGGAAAGCUGCUGGAUUCUCUCCAGGGCAGAGCCAGAGAAGGAGGGGCUGGUGCAUCCCCAAGGAUCAGAGCUCUGCAGAGUGCCUGGGGUGGCUGCUGGGAGGAGCUGGCUCCAAAUGCCAUUCACCCUGCUUGGAGAGUCAGGUCUGUGCUCUGACAGCAGCCGGGACUGGGGCUGUGCCCGGGGCACUGGGAGGGCUGAGCUCAGUCCACUUCCCGAGAAAACCUGCUGGAAAAUCUGAUUUCUACAGCCCAUACCAAGAGGGAAUGCACAGGAUUGGGCCCUGCUCCUCUGCUCCUGCCUUCAGAGGCAGCUCCCCCUGCCUGGAAUCCCCUUCCUGCCCUGGGAAUGGAUCCUCUGUGAGCCCAAGGCCUUUGCUGCUCCAUGUCUGCAUUUCCCCGUCUGGGUGUCUGGCCAGGGCUGAAAUUUUUGCCUAAAAAAAAAGGGGUUAGGAGGGAUCUGGCAGCCUUGUCCUGCCAGAAGCCUGCUGUGGUUGAACUGGGCACCUUUGCCCGUGGCAGGAUGGAUCCUGCCCAGAGCCGUGGCAUUCCCAGUGCUCCCAGUGCUCCCAGUGGAAGCUGCGCCGUUUCCAUCGCUCUGCUGGGGAGGUGUGGGGGACUCAGAGGUGGCUGAACUCCUGCAUUCCCCCUCUGGAGCCAGGCAGGGAGCAGCAGGAGCCCCCUGGGCCUCCCAGUGCCUGUGCCCUCCCUGGAGCAUGGAAUUCUGUGCAGUAUCCUGAGGGACGGUGUAUAUUCUGUACAUAGAGUCCAUGUGUGUCCGUGCACAGCUCUGGGGGCCCUGCUGGCCCCAAACACUCUGUAAAGUAGAAAAUAUUAGUUUAAAAAAAAACAAACCUGAAGCCAA